AUGGGAAUUCUCCAAUCCCCACCCGUGAUCUUUUGGCCCGGCUUCGAUGAGAAGCACGCGUUUAAUCCAGGUCGUUCACCCCGUCCUCCAUACUUUGGUGCUGAGGAAGACGACGAAGAACCAAUUUUUUUGGUCCAUAGUUUGGUUAGUGAUCAAGAUCAACGUGGACGUCGUGAUAAAAGAAGCAACUAUGGAAGCAAGCGCGACUACCAGAAGAACCGCCCAAACUAC